AUGGCUUCUCUUUCUUCAUCUAUGAUGGCGAUCUUGAAUGUUAUGUUCAUUUUCACAUUGGUAUCUUCUUCUGGCUAUGCCCGACCUUUUAUUUCUCCAAGAUCAGGGCCGACAGAUACAAAUAUUCAAAACUUGAAGGUGGUGGAAGAUCAUGAAUCCGAUAUCAAGAAUUCAGAAUCAUCUCAGGAAUUCUCAUUCGACUUCCCUUUUUCUCAAGAUCCGUUCCAAUCCCCACUUCCAAAUUUUCCUUUUCCGAAGAUACCCGGCUUCCCUUUUCCAAAUCUGCCUCCUUUCAAUAUCCCAGACAUCCCUACCAUUCCUUUUCCUGCACCUCCGCCCAUGUAA